ACUAUUUUGUUUUUUUUCUUCUACCACUUCAAUCUUUUCAAACUCAUCCUUAUACUUCUUAAUUAUCAAUUGAUCAUGGAAGGAUCAACAUCAAGAUCAACUUCCUUCCAUGGUUUUCUCCACCGUAUGCGACACCCUUCGUCGAUCGACCUCGUCCGAGCCAUUAAGAGUUUCAUUGUAUCAUUUUCAUUUUACCAACCGAAACCUGAAAAUGAUGGAAAAAGAGUUCAAGACUUCUUUCUUUCAAUGGAAGUUGCAAUUAGAAAUCAUCCACUUUGGGAAACUGCCACUGAAGAAGACAUUGAUUGUGCCAUGGAGGGAUUAGAAAAAUAUAUAAUGACUAAAUUGUUCUCGCGGACAUUUACUACUUCUCUUGAAGAUUCAAAGAUUGAUCAAGAAAUCUCAGAGAAAAUAAGCUUGCUCCAAACGUUUCUGAAGCCUGAACAUUUGGAUAUACAACCAGUUCUACAUAAUGAAGCCUCAUGGCUGCUUGCAGAAAAGGAAUUGCAGAAAAUGAAUGCAUUCAAAGCUCCACAAGAGAAACUCUCAAGCAUAAUGAAUUGUUGUAGAGUUAUCAACAAUCUGUUGCUCAAUGCUGCAAUGUCUGAGCAUGUGCCAGCUGGAGCUGAUGACUUUCUCCCUGUGCUCAUUUAUGUUACCAUCAAGGCCAAUCCUCCAAAUUUGCAUUCAAACCUUAAAUUCAUCAAGCUGUACAGAAGGCAAACAAAACUCAUCUCAGAAGCUGAAUAUUAUUUCACAAAUCUUGUGUCAUCCAAGACAUUUAUAACUGACUUGAAUGCUAAGUCCCUCUCAAUGGAUGAAACCAAAUUUGAGGAGUGCAUGCAGGCAGCCAAAUUGGCCAAGAAAGUCACAAAUGAACUACAUUCUACAAGUCAAAUGAAACAGCAAGAAAAGAAUGAAAGCAAUUUUUCAAACAAAAUGCAUAACAAACUUGAUGCUAGAGUUUUUCAUGUUUUGCAACAAGGAUCAAAUUAUCCAUACAUGGAAGCAAAGAGCAAAGAUCUUGCAAUGGAAGAUGUUGAAAUAUUACUACAUCAGUACAAGGAUUUAGUUGUUAAGUACACAAUCCUAUGCAAAGCUAUCAAUUGCCUUUCAGUGUCAGAGAAAGAACCAUUGCUUCUUCAGUUAAAAAUGCAAGGAGUCGACACACACACAAAUGAUCAAACCAACUCACAUCGAGAUAUAUCACAAUAAGAAAAUAAUUGCAUAUUUGUAUGUUUGUUUAUGAUCAUGAUUUUAAAUUGCUGUCUGCAAUUGUAGUUGCGUCUGCAAUGUUGCGGACUGUGAAGUCUCCGCAGCGGCAUAACAAUCGUAAUUUAGACUGCAUCGGCCAUAUUUUACUGCAAUAUAAAGAUUUGCAAUGUAAUAGCAACCUCAAUUUAAAACCAUGUUAUGAUAUUACUAUUGUAGUAUAUAGAUCACAAUAUAUGCUUAGAAUUAAGAUUGUAUCAUAGAUGUGUGUAAAUAAGUUAACAGAAUUUCAGAAUUAAUAUUUGUUUAAUUAGAGAAAAAUGUA